AUGUAUCUUUAUGAUGCAGCGUUUCACUGCAGACAGACUGCUUUUGGGCUGGACAGUUGCCCAGGGUCCUGCAGGUCUUUAAAAAGUGCAAACUCUGGUAUCUUGUCCAAACAGACUGAAAACACUACCAAGCCUAGCGGUUCCCGAAGUUUUUCAGACCCCUGCUUCGGUUGCAAUAAACUCAUCCUCAGUGCCCCCUGCGCUACCAAAAGCACUGUUCAGAAAAGUGGUUUGCACGAUCCGCUAAGUAAGGAGAAAACACCGGCCUGGUUGAGGUGUUCCGCCGCGAACGCAACCAUGACAAGUCACCCCUUGGUAGAAACCCACAGUUUCUCCUCGAAAGAAGCCCAGCAGCUGCUCCACAACAAGUUUGUUGUGAUCAUGGGCGAUUCCAUUUACCGAUCGAUAUACAAAGACCUGAUCUCCAUCCUGCAGGCUGACAAGCUUCUCACUGUUGAUCAGCUGAAGAAAAAGGGAGAGCCGUCUUUUGCCAACGAUAAACUGGUGAAAUAUAGUGGGUUAGGCUGCGGGAACAGAUACCAGGAGGUGCGCGAGUUCCGCUCGGAUCACCACUUGGUGCGAUGCUACUUCAUUCCCCGCGUUUAUUCGGACUACGUGGAGGAAAUCUUGGACGACCUCCAAAGAGAGCCGAAACCGGACGUGGUCAUCUUCAAUUCCUGCCUCUGGGACCUCAACAGGUACCAAGAGAAGGUGGCCAGGAAGCUUCGGCUGCCGAAGGCCAUCAGGCAGUACAGGCUCAACCUGGAGAAGCUCUUUGAGAGGCUGGAUCAGGUCCUUCCUCAGACCUGCCUUGCCAUCUGGAACACUGCCCUCCCCAUACGGAAAGAGCCUUCUGGAGCCCUCUACAAAGAGAUGGAGGGAGACUACUGCUCAGCUGAGGAUGUAGAAAAAGCGACCCCCGUGGACGUGAUUGAAGCCAACUUCUAUGGCGCCAUCCUCGCCCGCAGCUACGGGUUCGACGUCCUGGAUCUUCAUUUCUUCUUCCGCUUUGUGGACCAUCUCCGCAUUGAAGACGGGAUACACUGGAACUUCUUGGCUCACCGGUUUAUUACCAGAUACCUGCUGACCUACAUUGCUGAUUCCUGGGGAGUCGAGCUUGAGAAGAGGAAGUCGGGCACAGGGAUUGGUUGGAACGGGACCGCCACACAUCAGCCAGCUUCCCCUCAGCUGCCCUCCACACCCCCAGUGUGCCGUGACUUCUUCUUGGCUGGUGACGCUCCUACCAGGCAGCUCUGUGUGGACAGAGAAGCCCCUGACAGCUAUGGCGCUCCCUAUGGCAACAGACCUGUGGCUGGAUUCGAAUACAAUCCCCAGAAUCCCUCGGCCCAGCAUGGCUGGCUCCUUCCUGCCCACCCGCCGUUUGAGCACCACAGCAAUCCAUACGACGAUGGGCCAGGAGGCGGAUUGGACUGUCACGACUGUCCACCCGAUGAUGGACAGCUCACUCCUGACCUUCAGUUCAGUGACCAUCAGAAUGGUUCCUUCAGCCACAGGGGUGGGGUUUGGAACGGCCCCUUUUUCCCAGAAACCCACCCCUACGGCUCCCCUAUUCCCACACUGGCCGGGCGCUCCAGGCGAAGGCGGCGCCCCGAGUUCAUACAGUACCACCCCCACGAGCAACGCGAAGGAGCCCACCCCUAUGCCAGGCCGUGGCGGGGGCGUGGCAGAAACGCUUGGCGUCGCCCCCAAAGGUCAAGAUACAACUGGAGACGCCCCUCUCGCACUUAGCAGGGGCUCCGACAGCCUUGAAUGUUCUUCUCUUGCAGGCAGCAGCCCAACAUAUCAGGACUGGGGAUGGGGGGGUGUUUUUUUUGGGGGGGGGUUGCCUGUGGGUGUCAAGGGCUUCUGUUCACAUAGUGGAAGGACGUGUCGCUUGAUCUCCAGCCUGCUAUUGGACACCCUUUGGUCACAUGCUCGCAAGUGGGGGUCAGACCGUCUUUCUGAACCCGGGGUUGGCCCCCACCCAGUCUGGACACUUCUACUUUUUCACCUCGACCCCCCGUCCAGUGGAAGAAGGGUGUCUUCGCAACCAGCUCUGAAAAGCAAGCUCGGUAGUCCAAUCUCAGACACGCACCAGGCAUUCGAAGCGCAUUCAGCCCACGUUUUAAAACUCCCCCUCCCAAAGACCUGUGGGAACUGUAGUUCCCCCGCUGACAGACCUACAGGGUGCUUAAACUACAGUUCCCAGAAUGCUUUGGGGGAAGUCAUGUGCUUCAGAGGUGCGUAGUGGAUCUGCCCCUAGUCGUGGGGUGAACUGCAGGUGAUCUAUUGCUUUCUUGAUAUCGGCACAAACCGCCUGGGUUGUUUUGGCCAGGAUUUUUAAAUUCCCCAUGAAAUUCAUUCCGUCCCGCCCAGGGCGGUAGUGAGGCUGGUUGGAAAGUCUUCUUUCCCAAAGCCCCCUGCUAUCUCCACCCCCCGUGGAAGGUGGGACAGACUGCCUUUAAAGCCGUGGGGAGUGGGAGCCGAAUGUGGCCCUCUGCACGUUCCUAUCAGGCCCUCUGGACUUUCCCCAGGGAGUUGAGUUUGAGCUGUGCUCCCAUCUGUCUUUGAGAACGUGGCUGCAUUUUCAUUCAGCAAGCACAGGAAGCCCAUUUUCACAUUGCACCCGUAGGGUGGGCAAGUGGGUGGGUAGGCAGACGCUGGGUUUUGGGGGGGGGCAAAAUGUGCCACCUCUUUGCAUUUUCCAACCUGCGACGCACCUGCC